GCUCCUUCAAGUUCGGGUGUUGAGGCCGAGACCGCACAGCAUUGGCCCAGCAGCCUCAGAAUACCCAGACAAGUUGCCUAUGUCAGUGUUGACGACCAGUGAGCACACGUAGUAUAGUAGUCGACGUGGUGACGUGAGACUAUUCAAACCGUGCAAAUGGUGGUGGAGCGGUGGGUGGCGUCGCCGAUUUUCCUCUGGGACGAGCCAGAUCACGACCAUAUCUUCAUUCCCCUGCCGCCUUCCUGGUUACCUGACAAGGCACUGACAACAUAUGUUGAAUUUGGGAUUUGAAAAGGUUCCAGGGCUGACUUCCAUUUCCCUAUCACUUGUCCUACCUGUAGCGGUAUUUUUGGCAGAAAUCGUCGCCUUCACAGUGUUGAGGGCGAAAUUCAAAACCAUAUAUGAACCACGGACGUUCAUUCCGCCUCUCUCGAAACGUGCGCCACCUCUCCCGCCUGGUUUCCUUUCAUGGCCAAUAGCAAUCUACAACUUGGAUCCUGACGACAUUCGGCGUCAGAAUGGCCUAGAUGCCUAUGUCUUCGUGCACUUUUUGAGAAUGAUGGUCAAGAUGCUCCUCCCCAUCUGGUUCCUCAGUUGGACGAUUCUUUUACCUAUCAAUUCUGUUCGGCACGAAGGCCUGACUGGACUCGAUCGAUUCACCUUCGGAAAUAUAUCUAGAACUGACCAGUCUCGUUAUGCUGCUCACUUGACACUCGCGUACGUCUUCACGUUUUGGAUACUAUACGUCCUCAAGAAGGAAAUGAGGCACUUCAUCACCGUACGUCAACGGCACUUGAUUGAUCCUGGGCAUCGGGCCACUCCCCAAGCUAAAACCAUGUUGAUGACCGGUGUCCCCCCCAAGUAUCUCCACCCGCUUGCUAUCCGAAGUGUGUUCUCUCUUCUUCCUGGGGGGGUGGACAAAGUGUGGGUUAACAGGGACCUGAGGGAUUUGCCGGAUUUGUUUGACGAGAGACUGGACAUUAUCGCGAAAUUGGAGAGUGCAGAGACGACGUUGAUGCAUAUUGCUGCCAAGUUGGAGAGGAAGAGGAGGAAGGGGCUCGCUAAAAGGGGGACGAGUGUCGCCGAUCAAUCCCCUACGGCGGGUGGGGCCUCUGCACUUUCUCCAGGCAGUCCAAAAGAUGCAGAGAAACAGCCCCUCUCUCUGGCUGAGCGUUUCGUACCUGCCAAUAAACGUCCUACGCACAGACUCAAACUCUCCUUCCUCCACUGGCUUCCUUUCUCUUUACCAUUCUUCGGGGAGAAAGUGGACACGAUUCAAUGGUGCCGCGAAGAGAUUUCUCGUUUAAAUGCCCUUAUUCGUUCGCACCAAGACCGCGUCGCAACCGAAAUGGCCUCCGAAAUGCCACUCGACCCAUCCACUGAAAUGUACCCGCGUCUCAAUAGUGCCUUUGUGCUCUUCAACGAACAGAUCGCAGCUCAUAUAGCUUCUCAGGCACUCGUUCAUCAUGAGCCUUAUCGAAUGGCUGCGAAGUACACGGAAGUGGCCCCCAAGGAUGUCAUCUGGAGUAAUCUGAAUAUGAACCCCUACGAGGCGAAGAUUCGGACCGGCAUCAGCUAUACGGCUACCGCUGGGUUGAUCCUACUCUGGGCUUUUCCGGUAGCGUUCAUUGGGGCUGUGUCGAAUGUGCAUUCGUUGUGUUCGAAGUAUAGGUGGUUGACUUGGGUUUGUCAUUUACCGGGUGUUGUGAUUGGCAUUAUUUCGGGCAUCAUUCCCCCUGUUUUACUUGCAUUGCUCAUGAUGUUACUGCCGAUCAUCUUACGAUUGCUCGCUCAAUUUGAGGGUAUACCCCGCCGAACUGGGCUUGAGUUAUCCCUUAUGACACGUUUCUUUACAUUCCAAGUGAUUCACUCCUUCCUGAUUGUGACACUCUCGGCUGGUCUUGUCCAGUCUUUGGCACCCCUUGCGAAGAAUCUCGGUUCCGCUCCAACUCUACUUGCGAAUAACCUUCCCGGGGCAUCCACUUUUUUCUUGACCCGGAGGUUCCUUCAACUGGUUCCCCUAAUCAUUUACUACGUUAAACUCUUCCUUCUUGGAAGCACACCACGAUCAGUCUACGCGAUCACGCAUACACUUCAAGACGUUCAAUGGGGGACACUCUUUCCCUCAGUAUCGCUCAUCGUGGUAAUAACGGUGGCAUACUCCGUCAUCUCACCACUCAUCAAUGGUCUCGCAUGUGCAAUCUUCUUCCUGCUGUACCAGACGUGGAAAUACCUGUUCUUGUAUGUGCUGGAUCAGCCUCCUUCGACUGAUACGGGCGGAUUGUUCUUCCCGAAGGCUAUCACGCAUGUCUUUGUCGGGUUGUAUGUGGAGCAGAUCUGCCUUGCUGCUUUGUUCUUCUUGACGCAGGAUGCGCGCAAUCAUCCAAGCGCUGUACCCGAGGGUGCAUUGAUGGUCGUGUUGAUUGUCAUAACGGCUGGUUUUCAUAUCAUUCUCCUGGAUUCAUAUGCACCGUUAUUUAAGGCCCUGCCGCUUACGCUCGCAGCAGACCGUUCGCACCAAGAUGAAGUCAACGCUAGAACGAGUGUUGAUCCUUCAGUCUCUGACUCCGAGGACCGAGCGGAGGACGAAGCAGAUAUUGGUGGGGCAACGACGGGUGUUGACAAACCAAAUACCGCACCUCCACGUAAGGGACUCAUGCGCCGGUUGGGAAGUUCUGGAUUGGGUAGCAAUCGACGAAGUGGGAUGAUCGAACCUGAACAUCCACGCCUUGAAGGUGAAGCAGGAUUGGAAUUCAUGCAUCCUGCAUUGGGCCCUGCACGGAUCGUUUGGAUUCCGAAGGAUACGACUAUGAAGAUUGACGUUUCGUUGAAAGGGGCCUCAAUGGAUGAGGGCGGCCAUGUGGAUGUUGAAGGCCCUCCGCCAGGGGAGGAGGACGCGGCGAGGUAGGAGACUGUUGUGGAGAGCUGUGCGUUUUGAUACCCCCAUAUCUGGUUUGUUCAAGGGCGAAAUGUGGAAACAUGUACACUAUUGAAGCACACACGUUCUCGUCUUGUUUUUCGAUACCCCUUGUUAUUUGAAGCUUGGCGAAUGUUUUCACCUUUGAUUCGCUCUAUCACUAGUAAGAAUGCAACUCGUGGAAUUACUGAGUAAUCAGACUCUGGACAGCAAUGACAGUGGACUUAAAAGCGUCUAUGUACGUAACUGGAACUAACAAAACUAUGAUUCUCCUUUCUUCCACUUUUCCACCUUCCUCCGCUUGCGCUCCUUCAGUUCGUUCCUCUUCGUCAUGGAAACACUCAUGCCUAUUCCCCCC